CCAUUGCUUGGAAGCCUCUAAAGCUUGUCUUGACCUCAGAUGGAGCCCAAAGAAGCUACUGGGAAAGAAAACAUGGGCUCCAAGAGAAAGAAUCUGACCUUCUUGAGGCCCAGACUCUAUAUGCUGGAGAGAAGGAAGACUGACACCGUGGUUGAGAACAGUGUUUCUGGGGACCACUCUGGCACCUUGAGGAGGAGCCAGUCUGACAGGACGGAAUACAACCAGAAAUUACAAGAAAAGAUGACUCCACAGGCCGGGUGUUCUGCAGCUGAGACCCCAACCCAGGAAGAAGAGCAUCAGAUGAGGAGAAUGAUGGCAAAGCGGUCAAAAAUCAUCAAGGAGCUGAUACAGACAGAAAAGGACUAUCUCAAUGACCUAGAGCUGUGUCUUAGGGAAGUGGUUCAGCCUCUGAGAAAUAAACAGAUUGAUAGGCUGGAUGUGGAUAGCUUGUUUAGCAACAUUGAAUCCGUGCAUCAGAUAUCAGCCAAGCUGCUCUCCUUGUUGGAUGAGGCCACAACAGACGUGGAACCAGCCGUGCAAGUAAUCGGAGAAGUAUUCUUGCAGAUUAAAAGCCCAUUGGAAGAUAUUUAUAAAAUCUACUGCUAUCAUCAUGAUGAAGCCCACAGUAUACUGGAGUCCUAUGAAAAGGAAGAAGAGCUGAAGCAACAUUUGAGCCAGUGUAUCCAGUCCUUAAAGAAAAUAUACAUGGAAGAAGGUAAACCGAACUUAUUGGACAUGGGCUCUUUGAUGAUCAAACCAAUUCAGCGUGUGAUGAAAUACCCCUUAUUACUGUGUGAACUUCGGAACUCUACCCCUCCUUCUCACCCAGAUUACAGAGCACUGGAGGAUGCCUUUGCUGCUGUGAGAGACAUUAACGUAAACAUCAAUGAACUUAAAAGAAGGAAAGAUUUAGUUCUAAAAUAUAAGAAGAGUGAUGAGGAUGGAUCACUUAAAGACAAACUGUCUAAACUAAGUAUUCAUUCAAUUAGCAAGAAAUCAAAAAGAAUGACAAAUCAUCUAAAGAUUCUGACCAGAGGAGAAUCACAGGUGAAAGACAACACCUUUAACAGAGAAGAAAAGCUGUUUAGAUGUUUAGAAAAGACUAUUAGGCAUUGUGUGAAGAACAUUUCACUCUGUCUUCAACACAUACAGGAUGCCAUGCUCUUGCCUCUGCAGAGUGUAAUGGAGCUUCAGGAAAUUUCGUACAAUAAAGAUGAGGAAGAGGUUGGCUAUUCAGAGACCCCAAGUAAUGCCCCAAAUCCCUAUGAUGACUUUGCAGCUCACUUACAGAGGCUUGUCCUGGCUCCCCUGUCAGCCCUGCUGUCCUUAUUCCCGGGGCCUCAGAAGCUCAUCCAGAAACGCUAUGACAAACUGCUGGAUUAUAACAGCUACCUGCAGCGGUCAGCAGGAGAUGAGUCAGACUUGGCCAAAAAGGAGUAUGAGGCCCUCAAUGCCCAGCUUGUCGAGGAGCUCCAGGUGUUCAACCAGGCUGCUCGGAAGAUUCUGUUUAACUGUCUGUACAGUUUCAUCACCCUCCUCAGGGACCUGAUGCUUGUGGCGCAGCGGGCGUAUUCUACAGUGGUGCCGGUGCCACUCUUGGCGACAAGCAUCUCUGAGAUUCAGAAUAGAGUGUUAGAAGAGAUUCACAAUCUGAAUUUUGUGAAAGACAACAGUGCCACCUUUAUUGAGAGGAAGCUGAGUUUUGAAAAGAAGAAACCUGUACAAAUUCUGCCAGAAUUGCCACGCCAAACUGACACUCACCGCUCCAAACUUCUAUCCACGUACAGCGCAGAAGCACUAUACCAAGCUAAGCGCAAGUGCAAUGCUACACAGGAAUAUGACAUUAAUCUUCUGGAAGGGGAGUUAGUGGCUGUGAUGGAACAGAAAGACCCGCUGGGGAGUACAAGCAGGUGGCUCGUUGACACAGGAAGUAAGUAUUUUUGCAUGAGAUUCACAGAACUACCCAUCUUCAAGUUGAGAUUUUCCCAGGGGUCUCUGUGUGCCUCUUUAAGCACAAAUAUUUGGAAGGCUACACACAUGACCUUGGGUUUUUUUUUUUUUUCCUUUCCAGUUGUAAAAGGAUAUGUGUAUUCCUCCUUCCUAAAACCCUACAAUCCAGCAAAAGUGCAGAAAGUGGAUGCUGAAAACAGGUUCUGUGAUGAUGAUUUUGAUAACAUCAGCCUCUUUGUAUCUUCACGGCCAGUUAGUGACAGUGUCACAGGUACCCCAGAAGGCAGCAUAAGUGACAGCAGCUCAUCUCUUAGUGGCACAUGUGGAAAGUGUGAAGUAAAUGGCACUGACACUGACAGUUUUCAAGAGGUAGAUGAACAGAUUUUCUAUGCUGUUCAUGCCUUCCAAGCACGGAGUGACCAUGAACUCAGCCUUCAGGAGUACCAAAGAGUCCAUAUACUUAGAUUUUGUGACCUAAGUGGCAAUAAAGAGUGGUGGUUAGCUGAAGCUCAAGGACAGAAAGGAUAUGUGCCUGCUAACUACCUUGGGAAGAUGACUUAUGCUUAAAAAAAUAAGCCUUUGACUUUUAUUUUCUGCCAAGCUGUUGACUACCUCAUACAACUGACAUUACAAAAAGUAGACCCAGGAAGCAAGAAACCUCCCAGCUGCAUGAACUGAUACUGUUUCAGGUUUUAAGGAAAAUGGUGCCUCCUAACAAGAUUAUUUCAUGAAUGUAUUAAGAAGGAUACACACCGAAGGAAACACAAAGUUAACAGAAAUAGCAACACAGCCACGCUCCAACUACCAACUGCUUAAAAGUAGACAUCUUUUGAAAGACUUAAAUGUUACCUUUUAUCAUCACGAAAGGCUGGUUCUAAGGAUAAGGUUUUUUAAUUUACUAUAUUAUUUUGCCUCAAGUGUUUUUGUUCUUUCUCUCUUGUGUGUAUACACACUCACACAUAUGGUAUAUAUAUAUAUCUAUAUAAUGAGAUACCUUAUACAUAUGUGUGCAUAAACCAGGGAGG